AUAGGCUAUAGGCUACUAGAUAUAGGCACUGCACUUGAGCCAUUCAUUAGAGUGAGAGAGAGAGUGGAAGCAGAGGAGGAGCAGCACAAGUGCUACUCUUACGUCGAAAGCUUUUCCACUUUUCCUUUUACUCCCUUAUAUAUAACCUCCACUUUGAAUCAUUAACUUCCAACUCUCACCAAGUCAAUUUGAGGAACUUGAUUUCUACUUAAUUUUCUCUUAACACUUUGCAAGGCACCUCUAUAUUCUGGAUUAUCUCCCUGUUUCCACAAGUUUCUCAUUUUCAGAUUGCAUGUGAUUUUUCCUCUUGUAGAAUCUAGAAUUGACUAUAUUCUACCAUAACAUGAAGCAUGUCAAGAAAAUUGAGUGAAUGGAACUGUUGAGUAGUACAACUAUUUGCUUGGUUCUCUAUGCAUAUGUUGUAUAAUAACGGUAAAAUGCUGGUCUAAUUUGCUAUCAUUGACAUCAUGGAUUACUAGGCCAGUCAGUUCCUUAUAGAGAAAAUUUGGCUACUUUCGAUGUAAAGAGAAAAGGAGAAGUAUCUUUGUUGACUACAGAAGCGUUGUUCAUAUGGCAAGGAGUUAUGGGCCUUACUUUGAUCCUGACUAUGAGACUUUAAGUAUCAGAAUAAAUCCUCCAAGGGUAUCUGUGGAUAAUGCGAGUAGUAAGGAUUGCACUCUAGUGAAGGUUGACAGUAUCAACAAACCUGGAAUACUGCUGGAAGUGGUGCAGAUCCUGACAGACCUUGAUCUUGUAAUUACAAAAGCCUACAUAUCCUCUGAUGGCGGGUGGUUCAUGGAUGUUUUUCAUGUUACCGAUCAGCAUGGCAAUAAGGUUACAGACAGCAAUACUAUUGGUCAUAUACAAAAGGCUCUAGGACCAGAAGGUUACACAUCAGGCAUACUGAAGACUUGGCCAGGUAGAAAGGUAGGAGAGAGCUCUGUGGGUGAUUACACCACAAUUGAGCUGAUCGGCAGGGAUCGUCCAGGUCUUCUAUCAGAAAUUUCUGCUGUUCUAGCCAAUCUUCAUUUUAAUGUCGCUGCUGCCGAGGUUUGGACUCAUAAUAGGCGCAUAGCAUGUGUCCUUUAUAUCAAUGAUAAUUGUUCAUCCCUUGAUGAGGAUGAAGAAUCCAGAUUGUGUGUCAUGGAAGAGCAACUCAAUAACAUUCUUCGUGGACGUGAGGAUGAUGAGAGUGGGGCUCAUGCUACUUUGUCAGUUGGUAGUACUCAUGUUGAUCGGAGGCUUCAUCAGAUGUUCGUUGCUGAUAGGGAUUACGAAGGUGGUUGUCUCGAAAUGGAGAUAGAAUACCCUCCUAACUCCAAACCAGACGUCAGAAUUGAAAGCUGUGUUGAGAAAGGGUACUCAGUGGUCAGUGUAAGUUGCAAGGAUAGACCAAAGCUUAUGUUUGACAUUGUAUGCACCCUCACAGACAUGCAGUAUGCUGUUUUCCAUGCCACUAUCUCAUCAGCUGGUCCCUCUGCAUCACAGGAGUAUUUUAUUCGCCAUAUGGAUGGUUGCACUCUGGAAUCUGAAGCGGAGAAGGAAAGGGUUGUGAAGUGUAUUGAAGCUGCAAUUCGACGAAGGAUAAGUGAUGGUUUCAGCCUAGAGCUGUGUGCCAAGGACCGAGUUGGCUUACUUUCUGAAGUUACAAGAGUCCUACGAGAAAAUGGGCUAUCAGUGACCAGAGCUGGUGUCACAACUAUUGGGGAGAAAGCAAAGAAUGUCUUCUACAUAAGAGAUGCAUCUGGAAAACCUGUCGAGAUGAAGACGAUUGAAAGACUGCGUGAGGAAAUUGGACAGACGAUGAUGCUUAAUGUGAAGAAAGACCCAACAUCUGCAAAGGUACCUGAAACUGGUGGUCUGGCUAAGACAAGCUUUUUCUUUGGAGGCUUACUGGAAAAGUUCCUAACUUAAAAGUUCAUCUGUUGUGAGCUUACCUACUUAUAUAGAAGAAUAAAGCAAUUAAUUAUAAGUCAAACGCAUAAAUGUGGCAAGGUUUCCCUGUAAAAAUAUGUGUAGAUACAUUGGACAAUUAUCCUUGCCAGGAUAAACAAAGGGAAAAAGAUUGGAAGAAAAAAGAACCUGCCCCAUUCAGUCUUAUUCUGUGCUGAAGUGUGGAAUUAUCCGAUGACUGUGUGCUGUUCUUGCACAAUAAAAGAUGAAAGUAUGACUUUAGGAUUAAAACUUUGGUCCAGAAAUGCUACUAUUGAAGAUUGAACGAAGAAAGCCAAUACAUUUUAGUGUACUUGAUCUUGAUGUCUAUGUUGUGUAGUUGUAGCAGCCCAAAAAUGAGCUGCUGACAUUGUUGUGAUUUUAACCUUUAGCUCCUUCAGUUUAAUUUUUAGCUGGUUGAGUAUUUUCCCUUCA